ACAAGCAAAACCCCGACUUCAAGCAGUUUUUUACUUAGCCCUACCAUCUCUAUUAUUUAUAAAAAACAAUGAGUGAUGAUGAAGAUGAAAUGCGCAGGUUAAGGCAAUCCAAAAAGUUUUUGGACUCCGACGUUUACAAAAAAGAAGAAGAAAAACUGAAAUUGAAACAUUCUUUUUUAAAAAGGACAACAAAUAUAUCAGAAGCAAAAGAGAUAACUUCGGGUUAUAAAGAAACUUUUACUUCCUUAAAACAAUCAAAGUUAUCGUUAUUAGAUGAAUUUAGCGAGAACAUAAACCAAACAGAAGAUAAAAGUUUACUUAAAGAAGACAGUCUUGAAGAUUCUAGUUCUGGAGAUGACGCUGACAGCUCUCGUUACGGUUUACCCGUAACGAACCACGUGACUUUGGAGCACAGCGCGAAGCUUGUAAGUACUCUUGCUUUAGAUCCAAACGGCUCCCGUUUAAUAUCUGGAGGGUAUGACUAUUACUUGAAGUUUUGGGACUUUGCUGGAAUGAAUAAAUCACUAAAAUCCUUUCGCCAAAUAGAGCCCGUUGAAUCACACCAGGUUCAGUCAGUUGAUUGGAGUAUAUCAGGUGACCGAUUUUUGUGUGUAGUUGCUAAUUCUCAGGCUCAACUUUAUGAUCGUGAAGGGAUUCUUAUUGAGACAUGCGUUAAAGGCGAUCCGUAUAUAAACGAUAAGAGCCGCACAAAAGGCCAUGUUGGUCUCUUAUACGGCGGACGAUGGCACCCGAAAGAUAAGAAUUAUUUUAUGACUUUUGGGGUGGACAGCACGGUGCGUUUAUGGGACGUUCAUCGAAUGAAAUGGCAGCAGUUCCAAGUUUUUAAAAUGAAAACAUCCACGUGCAAGCCCACUCCCGUAACUGCCGCUAACUUUUCGGCGGAUGGAAAUAUUUUUGCGGCCGCUACGGAGUUUGGAGGUAUUUACUUAUACGACAGUUAUGCCGCUGGAUAUAUUAAGCCAAUAGCAUCGCAGCAUAAAGCCCACGCGGUCGGCCAGCCAAUAUCGUCCAUUGUUUUAUCAAAUGACGGCAAAACUGUUGCUACACGUGGUACGGACGAUACUAUGAAAUUGUGGGACGUUCGUUCCUUUCAAAAACCGCUUCAUGUUUUUAAUGACUUGGAAAAUGCUUUUACAAAUACGGAUUGCCUAUUCAGCCCCGACGAUAAAGUAGUUGUUACUGGAACAUCCGUAAGAAAAGGAAAAGGAAACGGAAGAAUUGUUUUUUAUGAUAAACUAACUUUCGAGAAUAUUUGUGAACUUAAAGUCAAAGAAACGAGCGCCGUUAGCAUUCUUUGGCAUCCGAAACUCAACCAACUAUUGGUCGGGGCCGGAGACGGUAAAAUUAAGGUUUUCUAUGACCCUCACAUCAGUCUGAGAGGUGCGAGGUUAUUCGCUACAAAAGCUGCUAAACGACAGGAUAUGGUCAUUGGAGCUGAUCCUGCAAAAGUAUUGGUGCAUACACCAAAUGCUCUGCCGUUGUUUGCUGACUUGCCACGUGCUGUGGGGCAACUUGUGGCCAAGCAACGUUCUAAAAAACUCCAGAAGCCCACGCAGUAUACGGGCCCCGAAAUAGUUUCUAAAUGGAUCCCUUCCAUUAAGGAGCUUGUAGAUAAAGACCCAACAAGAUUUGAAGACCCACGCGAGGCACUAUUAAAGUAUAAAGAAGUAACUGAAAAGGAUCCUCUUUUUGUAGCAAAUGCUUAUAAGGAAACGCAGCCGGUCAAUGUGCUGGCAAGCCACGUGGAGUCCGAAAACGAGUCGGAUUGA